GCUUAGAGACUCGAACUCACAUUGAGAAACUAUGUGAAAAGAGAGAGAGAGAGAGAGAGAGAGAGAGCAUCAGAGAGAGAGAGAGAGAGAGAGACGCACUCCAGUCAUUUGAAGAUCUUCUAGCGCUCUGUAGACAUCAGCAUCCGUGCACAAGCCGCAGAGGAUUAUUCCUUUUUAUUUUAUUCCUUUGUUUAACCUUAUCACCAGUACUUGAAUUUGAGUGUAUCAAAAAUAGUUCACAGGUAUUAAAAAUAUAUAUAUAUUUUUUUUUGGGGGGGGGAGUGAAGUUUUGAGGACUUUUGUUUUUUCACAUUUUUUUCCUCACUUAUAUAUAUAUAUUAAAAAAUAUAUAUAUUUUUUAUUAAGUAUUAAGAAGAGUCUGAAAUAUUGUCAUCAGCUUCCCACGUGGUUAUACUACUAGUCUGACAAGUUCACGGCUAUUUGUCAUUCCUCAAAAAAAAAAAAAAAUUCCAACAUCCAUAGAGGGAUUUGGUUAAAAAAAAAAAAAAAAUGAUGUGCCAAAACCUUACUUCGACUUAUUUUUAUUUGGACACAGUGAAUUAAAUUCCCAACUUUUCUUACCUUUAUUGAACUUUUAUUAGUUUAGUUUAGUUUAGUUUAUGCGAGAAAUAAACUGCGGAAAAGUCCAGUUGCAGGUCGGUCCAUCACUGAGCCUAUCAUUUAGUGAAAUACCUGCAGACUAGGAAAAAAAAAAAGAAAAGUUGAAAGUGCAGCGCACAUUCGGUCCUAAAGAAAGGCUGAAAUCGACUCGAGCUUGUCCCGGACGCUGGCCGCGAUGCUCUUCGGGAGUUUGGACCUGGUGUCUGCUUUGGCCACGCUGGCCGCGUGCUUGGCGUCAGUGGCGCUCCUGAUCGCCGUGUCUCAGCAGCUCUGGCAGCUUCGCUGGACCGCCACGCGGGACAAGAACUGCAAGUUGCCCAUGCCAAAGGGCUCCAUGGGCUUCCCUAUCAUCGGCGAGACGUGCCACUGGCUGCUCCAGGGUGCAGGGUUCCAUGCAUCGAGGAGGCAGAAGUAUGGUAACGUGUUUAAAACUCACUUGCUGGGCCGUCCAGUGAUCCGGGUGACUGGAGCAGAGAAUGUGCGGAAGGUGCUGAUGGGGGAACAUACUCUGGUGAGCGUGGACUGGCCCCAGAGCACCAGCACUCUUCUAGGACCCAACAGCCUCGCCAACUCUAUUGGAGACAUCCACCGCAAGAAGAGGAAGAUCUUUGCUAAAGUCUUCAGCCAUGAAGCACUCGAGAGCUACUUGCCUAAGAUCCAGCAGGUAAUCCAGGAGACGCUAUGUGUGUGGAGCUCCAACCCAAAGCCCAUCAAUGUCUACCGUGAGUCUCAGCACCUGUCCUUUCAGAUGGCCAUCCGUGUGCUCCUUGGUUUCCGCAUUUCCGAUGAAGAGAUGCACUUCCUUUUCCACACUUUUCAGGAGUUUGUGGACAAUGUUUUUUCAUUGCCCAUUGACUUGCCCUUCAGUGGCUAUAGAAAGGGCAUUCGUGCAAGGGACACCCUUCAGAAGGCCAUAGAGAAAGCCAUCAGGGAGAAGCCACUAUGUACACAGGGGAAAGACUACACUGAUGCCCUAGAUGUGCUUCUGGAGAGUGCCAAAGAGAAUGGGACAGAGCUCAGCAUGCAGGAGCUAAAGGAGUCCACGAUCGAGUUGAUCUUUGCUGCCUUUGCCACCACGGCUAGUGCCAGCACCUCUCUGGUCAUGCAGCUACUGCGGCACCCAGCGGUGUUAGAGAAGCUGCGUGAGGAGCUGCGCAAUUGCGGUCUUCUGCAUGAUGGCUGCUUGUGCCAAGGUGAACUGCGCCUUGACAGCAUCUGCAGCCUCAAGUACCUGGACUGUGUCAUCAAGGAGGUAUUGCGCCUCUUUGCACCAGUGUCAGGCGGCUACCGCACCGCCAUGCAGACCUUUGAACUUGACGGUGUGCAAAUUCCUAAAGGUUGGAGUGUUAUGUACAGCAUCCGAGACACUCAUGACACUUCAGCCGUUUUUAAGGACGUGGCAGCCUUUGACCCUGAUCGCUUCAGUGCUGAGCGCAGUGAGGAUCGUGAGGGCCGCUUCCACUACCUGCCCUUUGGAGGUGGUGUGCGCUCAUGCCUGGGGAAACAGCUGGCCAUGCUCUUCCUCAAGCUGUUGGCUAUAGAGCUUGCUGGGGGGAGCCGCUUUGAGCUGGCCACGCGGACGUUCCCACGUCUGGUCUCCGUCCCUGUGGUCCACCCUACUGAUGGCCUCCGAGUCAAGUUCUUUGGUCUGGACUCCAACCAGAACCAGAUAAUGUCCAAGACAGAUGAGAUACUGGGUGCCACUGUGUGAGAGGGGAAAAGUGGAAAAAGUGGAUGAGAGAGUUAUUUUUGACAGUUAUGUUUAAUGUUGUUGUUUUUUUUAAAUGGCAGAAAUCUAGUGAGUUGAGAGAGACACUCUUCUUUGUCAGUUUCAAGAUGUCACUUUUGUUUGCCAAAAAUGUACAGUCUAUCUUUUUCUAUAAAAAAGUAAAAAAGGCUUAAUUAAAAAAAAACAAAAAAAAACCAUAAAUGUAAUGCAAAGACCAUUAAGUGAUGCUAAGACCAUUAAGUGAUGCUGUGAGAAGGAGGACACAAGAUGAAAGAAUGUUAAAAGGAGGACUGGAAGUUUCAAAAAGAAAGAGGGAUGUUAUGUGUGUCCAGCUAAGUAGAUAUCACAGGGUAUGGGCAAGUGUGUGCUCACAGUGAAGUGAGGACAUGAAGAAUCAUUCUUAUUAUAGCCUGAGGUCUAGUACAGGGGUAUCUUUCAGGGUUUGUGUGCGUGCAUGUGUGUGUGUGUGUGUGUGUGCUGUUUAUUCUCUUUUUUUGUAUGACUGUAAAACAAAUAU